GGAAGUUCACCACAGGUUAGCACCUACCUGGCAGUUUCAGCCUCUGCUCUCUGUAAGACUCAUCAGUAUUCGCUCCCUGACACCUUGGAAAAAGAAAAAAAGAAAGAAAAAAGACACUGCUACCUACAACACUCCAGCAAGUAAUCUAAGCUUAAAAUAUACGUAUAUAUUUAAACGUAGUAGAAGCCACAGCAGCUGAAGCUGAUCCCCCGGUAGCAUGAAUAGCAUGAACCAGAUAGAAACAAACAUGCAGUACACCUACAACUAUGAAGAAGAUGAGUACAUGACCCAGGAAGAAGAAUGGGACAGGGACCUGCUCCUGGACCCAGCAUGGGAGAAACAGCAAAGGAAGACGUUUACAGCCUGGUGCAAUUCCCACCUCAGGAAAGCUGGCACACAGAUUGAGAACAUUGAGGAGGACUUCAGAAACGGCCUCAAACUGAUGCUUCUCUUGGAAGUUAUCUCAGGGGAGAGACUACCAAAACCAGACAGAGGGAAGAUGCGCUUCCAUAAAAUUGCUAAUGUCAACAAAGCUCUGGAUUAUAUUGCCAGCAAAGGAGUGAAACUUGUGUCAAUUGGUGCAGAAGAAAUUGUUGACGGCAAUGUGAAAAUGACUCUGGGUAUGAUCUGGACUAUCAUCCUUCGCUUUGCUAUUCAGGAUAUUUCAGUGGAAGAGACCUCUGCCAAAGAAGGGCUGCUGCUGUGGUGUCAAAGAAAAACUGCUCCUUACAGAAAUGUGAACAUUCAGAACUUCCAUCUUAGCUGGAAAGAUGGCCUUGGAUUAUGUGCACUUAUCCACAGACACCGACCUGAUCUUAUUGACUACUCCAAGCUAAAUAAGGAUGACCCCAUAGGAAAUAUCAACCUUGCAAUGGAAAUUGCUGAAAAGCAUUUGGAUAUCCCUAAAAUGUUGGAUGCAGAAGAUGUAGUAAACACUGCCAGACCUGAUGAAAGAGCCAUUAUGACUUAUGUUUCCUGUUACUACCAUGCAUUUGCUGGUGCUCAGAAGGCUGAGACUGCAGCUAACCGGAUCUGUAAGGUGCUUGCUGUGAAUCAGGAAAACGAGAGGUUGAUGGAAGAGUAUGAGAGACUAGCAAGUGAGCUUUUAGAAUGGAUUCGCCGGACAAUUCCUUGGCUGGAAAACAGGACCCCAGAAAAAACAAUGCAGGCUAUGCAGAAGAAAUUAGAGGAUUUCCGGGACUACCGCCGCAAACACAAACCUCCCAAAGUCCAAGAGAAAUGUCAACUGGAGAUCAAUUUCAACACCCUGCAGACAAAACUGAGAAUCAGCAAUCGGCCAGCUUUCAUGCCAUCAGAGGGAAAAAUGGUUUCAGAUAUUGCUGGCGCUUGGCAGAGACUUGAACAAGCUGAGAAAGGCUACGAAGAGUGGCUGCUGAAUGAAAUUAGAAGACUGGAAAGACUUGAACACUUGGCUGAGAAAUUCAGGCAAAAGGCUUCCACUCAUGAACAGUGGGCAUAUGGCAAAGAGCAGAUCUUACUUCAGAAGGAUUAUGAAUCUGCUUCUCUGACAGAAGUCCGCGCCAUGUUAAGGAAACAUGAAGCUUUUGAGAGCGAUUUGGCUGCUCACCAGGACAGGGUGGAACAGAUCGCUGCCAUUGCCCAGGAGCUGAAUGAACUGGACUACCAUGAUGCUGCAAGUGUCAAUGAUAGAUGCCAAAAGAUAUGUGACCAAUGGGACAGCCUGGGAACACUUACUCAGAAAAGGAGGGAGGCACUGGAGAGGACAGAGAAAUUGCUCGAAACAAUUGAUCAGCUUCACCUGGAGUUUGCCAAAAGAGCUGCUCCUUUCAACAACUGGAUGGAAGGUGCUAUGGAAGACCUACAGGACAUGUUUAUUGUUCAUAGCAUAGAAGAAAUUCAGAGUUUAAUCUCUGCACAUGAUCAAUUUAAAGCUACUUUGCCAGAGGCAGAUGGUGAAAGACAGGCCAUACUGUCAAUCCAGAAUGAAGUUGAAAAAGUUAUCCAGAGUUACAGCAUGAGAAUAAGUGCAAGCAAUCCUUACAGCACUGUUACUGUGGAAGAGAUUCGUAGCAAGUGGGAAAAGGUGAAGCAGCUGGUGCCUCAGAGGGAUCAAUCCUUGCAGGAGGAACUAGCUCGCCAGCAUGCCAACGAGCGCCUGCGUCGCCAGUUUGCUGCUCAGGCCAAUGUCAUUGGGCCAUGGAUCCAGACCAAGAUGGAGGAAAUUGCCCGCAGCUCUAUUGAAAUGACAGGGCCUUUGGAGGACCAGAUGAAUCAGCUGAAGCAAUAUGAGCACAAUAUCAUUAAUUAUAAACACAACAUUGAUAAACUGGAGGGAGAUCAUCAGCUUAUACAAGAAGCCCUGGUGUUUGACAACAAGCACACCAACUAUACUAUGGAGCACAUCCGUGUUGGAUGGGAGCUCCUACUUACCACCAUUGCUCGAACUAUCAAUGAGGUCGAGACUCAGAUCCUCACAAGAGAUGCCAAGGGUAUCACCCAGGAACAAAUGAAUGACUUCAGAGCAUCAUUCAAUCAUUUUGACAGGGAUGAAUCUGACAAUCUACAUUCUGAUGAAUUUAAAGCCUGCCUCAUCAGUCUAGGACAGGUUGGAAAUGACCUGCAGAGGAAGAAUGGAUUGAUGGACCAUGAUGAUUUCAGAGCUUGCUUAAUUUCAAUGGGUUAUGAUUUGGGUGAAGCUGAGUUUGCUCGAAUCAUGUCUCUGGUUGACCCCAAUGGGCAAGGAACUGUCACUUUCCAGUCCUUCAUUGACUUCAUGACCAGAGAAACGGCAGACACAGACACGGCUGAGCAAGUAAUAGCUUCCUUCAGAAUCCUGGCUUCCGAUAAGCCUUAUAUCCUGGCAGAUGAAUUACGUCGAGAGCUGCCUCCUGAGCAGGCUCAGUACUGCAUCAAGAGAAUGCCUCCAUACACUGGCCCGGGUUCUGUUCCUGGGGCCCUGGAUUACACCUCUUUUUCUUCAGCACUGUAUGGAGAGAGUGACCUCUGAUUCUGUAAUCAGCCGUAUUCGUGGUAGACACUAAAAAUACCCAAUUUAUUGCCCAGAUUGCUUCUC